AUGACAACCUCUCCUUGCUCCUCCCCCUCUCCCAGCCCCCUGCCCCCGUCUUUACAGAAUUUGACCGCCCCACCCUUUAUCUCAGCUCCGCCCCUGGGCAUGUCCUGCGUCACCAUGGCAACGGGCGCCCUCUCGAACGUGCUAGCACUGGCCGUCUUGGCUCGAGGGCCCUUUGGAAGAAAGCGCCAUCGCUCAAAAGCCCCCUAUCUCCAGCUGGCGUCCGCCCUGCUCUUCACAGACCUGGGGGGUCACCUCGUGCCCGGGUCGCUAGCCCUCCAUCUGCACCUUAGUCGGCGGGAGGCAGCCGGAAACCCGGGGGCCGUCCAGUCGGCGCCGCUGUGUCAGCUCUUCGGGGCCUGCAUGGUGUAUUUCGGCCUCAGUCCUCUACUUCUGGGCGGAGCGAUGGCCGUGGAGCGAUACCUGGGCAUCACCAGGCCCCUCCUUCACGCUGCCACGGUGACGGUGGGUCGGGCCCGUGCCGCCGUGGCAACAGUCUGCUCCCUGGCCCUCCUGCUGGCUCUGCUGCCGUUUGCAGACGGUGCGGGAAGGGUGAAAUACUCUCUCCAGUUCCCCGGGACCUGGUGCUUCUUCCCUGUUCAGCCGCCCACGUCCAGUGCCAGUAAAGGCCUGGCUCUGGCCUUCUGCAGCCUGGGACUCGCCGUCCUCCUCCUGUCCCUGCUCUGUAACAUCCUGAGUGGGCUGGCACUGCUGAAGAGCCCCCUGGGCUCCGGAGAGAGAGGCUGGACUGGACGGAGUAGGCCUGGGAAACGAUCUUAUGCUUCAUCAUCGUCAUCAUCGUGGUCUUUGUCAACGCUGUCAGCAGGUCCUACUUCACGGGCCCUGGAGGUGGAGAUGAUGAUUCAGCUAGUGGCCAUUACACUAGUGUCGUGUGUGUGCUGGACUCCUUUCCUGAUUGUCAUCCUUCUGUCUGUGGUGUGGUUCUCCUCUGAUUCUGCCCAUCCGGGGGCUAGUUCUGAUCGGCUGGUUCUGCUGGGUCUCCGCAUGGCUUCGUGGAACCAGGUUCUAGAUCCAUGGAUUUACAUCCUGCUGAGAAGGUCGACUAUCCGCCAUCUGUGCUGUCUAUACAAGACCAGAGAACGCAAGACCAGAGAACGCAAGACCAGACAACGCAAGACCGUCUCUCAGGGCCAAACACAGAGACACACACGCUCAGAGAUAAGCCUGACCGAACACACAUGCACAGUGCCUUAA